AUUCACAAGUGACAGCUCUAUGCACAAUCCAUUUGGCGUCUGAAGAGAAUAUCAAGUCGUGCGCAAUUACACAACAUAAAAUUUAAUAUUAAAAUCGUUUCCGAUCAAAAUUAUCAUUUGAUUCAUUUGUAAAAUCGUCCACUGGGUAAACGAUUGAUCAAAAAGCAACGAAGAUGAGCGGAAAUGUAUUUGAACAGGACAACAAAAUGGCAUGUUCACUUGGCCAAAAGUUGUAUCUGAAUUCAAAAACAGCCGACACAAAAUUUGUGUUCAAAGACAGUACUGAAAGCGUUGUAGCACAUAAAAAUGUCCUAUCAGUUGUCAGCCAAGUGUUUGACACUAUGUUCUACGGAUCAUUGCCUGAAAAUGGAGACAUUCUGAUUGUCGAUGCCUCUCCAGAGGCGUUCAAACAAUUUCUCCAGUUCUUCCAUUUGGCGAAAGUGCGAUUGACAUCCGAAUACAUCUUCCAAGUGGCCAAUUUGUGCAAGAAAUACCAAGUCAACGAUGGAUUGAAGCUAUGCGAAUUUCCAAUGCAACAGUCAUUGGCAAUCAACAACAUGUGCUCGGGUUAUGCAACGGCCAAACUUCUCGAGAUGGAAAACGUCAUCAAAUUCUGUGAGAAAGAAAUCAAACAGAAAGCGACCGAAGUUCUGAAAUCGUUCGAUUUCUUGGAAUGCGAUUACAAGCUACUUGACAAGAUUCUACAGUUGGUGUCAUCGAAGUGCAGCGCACCGGCGAUUGUUGAUGCGUGCAUGGCUUGGGCCAAAGCCAAAUGUGUUCGGAAUGGAAGAUCCACAACUGACAGCAACCUGAAAUUACAGCUCAAUGGCUUGUUUCACCGAAUUCCAUUCGAUGAUUUAAGUCCAGAACAGUUUUAUCAACACCGAAAAACCUACAAGCGCUUCUUGGACGAGGACGAUUUGGAAUCAAUUGUCAUGAAAACAUUGUCGAAGAAAGCAAAAACAUCGGAAUCGAUUCAGACGACAGAAGCAGUGACGGUCACCAAACCAGCGGAUCCAUUGGAAAAACAGCCGGCGUCCACUUAUAGAAAACAGUUCUGCAUCAGGACCCCACGCAAAAAGUUGCUUUCUACUCGAUUGCGGUUUUUGAACUCAGUUUACUCAACCGAAUGAAGUACAAAUCCUCAAAAUAUAAAUUAAGUUUCAAAACAACAUUAAUUUUCUAAUCAAUCCCAAUUGCCAUGUGCUGUGCCUCGAAUAUAAGAUUUCAGCCAACACAUUGCAAUGGACGAUGACACGCAUCGAGGCAAAUUCCAUUAUUCUGAUUCAUCCGAAGUAUUUCUUUCUAUUUCAAUCUUUGUUGUUAAAAACGUUAUCAUGUAAACAUUUGGUUGAAAUGUACCACAAUACGAAUACAACAGCCUUAAAUACAAAU